AGUGCCGAAGCGUCAUGUUAGUCAUGUGCUUGUGUGUUCAUCGUACAACUCGAGCUCCCGCGAGCACCUUAGACGAAGGAAAUUUGGCUGAGAAGAUUGCAGGGAGUUGUGUAACCGCACGUAUGAUAUUUGGAGCCCUGUGUCACUGUAGGGGCAAGUGAUGCGUGAUGUUCAGGUAGUGCACAGCGAAACUUUGUUGAUUGAAUGAGUCUGAGAGUGGCAUUGUCUCUUGGUUGCGGCUUUGCUUGCAGCGUGCCACGAUGACUUGAAGAGAGAAAGCGUAGACAUUGUUAGAUUAGGGUCUCUUCGUUCCUUUCGGAUUCGCGCUAGGAAUGAACUGUCUUGCUGUAGCAAGGCAACGACGUUUUAAGCGAGUGCUAGCGACGAUCAGCUGACUUGGUCAUGGGUAGCACGUCGAGUAAGUUUCGCAGACACCUAGAGAACGGCGACGAGUACUCGGCACUUCAGAUCUACGAGAGCUGCUCUGAACUGCGGAAGUCGCUCGAUCCCAAUUGUUUUUAUGGGGACUCUGUUAAUCGGUGCACACCCGUCCACCUUGCUGCCAAACACGGGAUGAAACCGUUACUGAGGAUCUUUCUACGGGAGAUGCAGGGUGACCCAACAAUCCAGUCAGGGCACGGAGAAACUGCACUUCACUGUGCCAGCCGUGGAAGUCCUCACUCGGCUGCAGUGGAGCGCAGAGUGGCCUGUCUCAGCCUGCUCAUUCAGUGGCACGGCUAUGACGGAGAAGUCUUAGAUGUCAAUGCAAAGGAUCAUGAUGGAAACACUGCCUUGCACUAUGCUGCCAGUAGUGGGUUGAAGAAGUGCGUGGAGCUGCUUGUUUCUCAUGAUGUCUCGCUCUUCAUUGAGAACAAUGCUGGUCAAACAGCAUGCGAGAUGGCAGACAAGGCUGGCUUCAAGAGCUUGGCGGACUACCUCGAAUCAAAGAUGGUCUUUUCUAGCUGUGUUACUAUCAGGCCAAAGGACAAAGACCCAGCACUUGAGCUUGAUAAGGCGUACGAUGGUUUGCGGCCCCAGGACCUGCAGGAAGCCAAAGAUCUUCUUCUUGUUGAAACAUCUGAUAUGCUCCAUGUGCCUUUGUUCACAGCAGAGGCACUUCUGCGAUGCCAUGACUGGAGCCAGGUGGCUCUGCUGGAAGCGUGGGUCCAAGACCCAGUUGGAUGCUGCCUGGCUGCAGGGGUACAGCCAACGACGUCAGCAGUGCAUGCAUCUGAGCGCAGUAAUGAUCCUGUGGUGACCGAAGAGUACCAGUCGGGGUCUCUCAACUCAUCUUCACCUUCGACACCUAGCGGGCCACAGGGCCGAUCGCCUGCUAGGUUGCCUUGCAACAUCUGCUCUGAAGUGGUGCACGAGCCAGAUCCUGUGGUUGUUCCUUGUCAGCAUGAGUUCUGCAUCUCCUGCUGGCGCAGCUACCUCACAAUCAAGAUUCAGGAGGGGGACGUGCACAGCAUUGUAUGCCCAGCUGUUGGCUGUUCUCAGCUUGUUCCUGUGGACAUCAUUGAGCAUAUUGUCAGCGCUGACAUGGUGCGCCGAUAUUUGCAGUUUGACAUUGAGGCCUUUGUGGAGAGCAACCCAAACUUCAAGUGGUGUCCAUGGGCUGGUUGUGGGAGGGCAGUGCACCUGCCAGAAUCUGUGGAUCCACCUCCACUGCGCCUCCCGAAGUCUGCUCCUCGAGAGCCCAUGUCACACUCUGUGGAUUGCGGAAACCGGCACUACUUUUGCUGGGAAUGCUUGGGCCUAGCACAUGCACCUUGUUGCUGUGAAAAGUGGAAAGAGUGGCAAAAGAAAGUGGCGGAGGCUAAACCUGAGGAAUUAAAGAGUGCCUGCAGUCGUACUGAAGAAGCUGCGAAUUGCCUCUGGAUGGUCACAAAUUCAAAGCCAUGCCCCUGCUGUAAGUCUCCCAUUCAAAAGAACGAAGGAUGCAACCACAUUAAGUGCUACAAGUGCAAGCAUGACUUUUGCUGGGUCUGCCUAGAACCAUGGAAGAGGCACAGCUCUGCGACUGGUGGAUACUUUCGUUGCAACAGGUUUGAGGCUGUGAACCGUGCUGAGGAGCACGCAGGUGCUAUUAUCAGUGAGGCUGAGACGAAAAACAAAGAAAUGCAGGAACUCAAGAAGUUUGCCCACUAUUACACUUCCUACAAGGAACACGAAAAGAAGCACAAGGAUGAAAUACUUGUUAAAGGGCGGCUCCUUGAGAAAGAGGGUUGCUGGAUCCGUGAGUUUGGCGAGGGUGAAGAUGGCUUGCCCAAUGUUCACUUCCUUGGAGACGCAGUAUGGGAGCUGCUGCGGGCACGCAGAAUCCUCUGUGGUUCAUAUGCUUAUGGGUACUACAUGCAAGAUGAAGGAUAUGGCAAAACAGUCUUUGAGCUUCUUCAGCAUGAUCUGGAAGAGGCAACAAAGGUUUUGUCGGAUAUGUUGUCAUCACCACGUCUGCGAGUUUCACACCGCACAAUCGUGGAGAGUGCAGAGAAAGUGCUCAGAAAGCGUGAGGAGUUCCUGAAGGCCAUUGCUCGUGGCCUGGUUCCUCCUGAGACACCACCGUCAACAAGACGUACCAGGAGGCGUCGUUACCCGACUGUAUUUGGCCUUGAUCCUCCAGAAGAUGAACAACUUAUGCUUGCGCUACUGGAGUCCAUUGGAGAUGGACCCAUGGCAGACCCUUGGGUCAAAGAUGCCCGGGGAUGCCAUGCUAACUUGGCUGCACUUUUUGACUGGCCUCGUGAUCCCAGCACUACUGGCAGCAGCUCUUCAGACACAGAUGAUGAAGACCGCAAGUCUGCGCUAAUCCGGGCUGUUGGUGUCUGCUCACGAGAGGGCUGUACGAGACCACGGGCACGAAACCCCAGAACACAGAAACUUCACGAAUACUGCUCUCUCAGAUGCCAGACAAAGCACAGCAACCAAGAGCUUCAGCAAGGACGUCAUGAGAUUGAUUUCUCAAUGGAUCUGAUGAUCGCAUUAGAGCUGUCAAGAAUGCAGAUGAUUGAAGACCAGCGUCGCUUCGAAUGUGGCUGUAAUUCCGAGCCACCAGUGAAUGAUGCUGCCAGUGCAGUGCCUCUUCAAAGUACGCGGCCCUCAUCACCUGCCCCGUGUUGUUCUUCGGGCGAUGAGCAUCUGGUGUUGUCACCUGCCCACAGUUCAACAAGUGACAGCUCCCAUAUCACUGCGAGUCCAUCACGAAAAGUGCAAGCGUCUCCAACAAGUGGUGCUGAGGGCCAGUCUGAGCCUCCGAGAGUUUUUGAAACAAAGAAUCUAGCCUCUAACCUGCCAGAUGGUAGUCACAAGCUGGAAAAGGAUCUUUUCCGUCCUGGGGCCAAAUCAGAGUGAGCGAUCAGAAAAGCAAGCUCCUUUCAUGGAGGAAGCUGGAGGAAAAGCAACGCCAUAACUGUUAAAAUUUUUCCUCAGCGUUCUGUUUGUUUCAGUACUGCUUUCUACAAUGCUCGCUUUGAGAGGUGUGUGAAGUAAAAAUUCAUCACAUCUUGAGUUGGCGAUAGGAUUCUAUUCGUGCAUCAAGUCCAAGUUUAGGCACUUUAAUGUUGACAGCCUGAGUCAUUGUAAUUGCAGUAGUUCAAUUUCCGCUCAUGCAGAUAAUACAUACAAUGUACAAGUCUUGUCAAGGGCCUGCGUGCAUGAUUAGUUGGAAUUCCUAAUAAUUUGUGCCUGUUAAUGGUUAGUGUUUACUGGCUUGAUCAUGUGUGUUUUUCACAGGAAUAGCGCUACAAAAAGCAGCAAAUUCAUUGCUUUACUAUCUCUGUAACGUUACAUAUCAUUGAAACGAUACAUAAUAAUAAGAAAGAAAUGAACGUCAGACACAAGUGAAGUGCUUAAGCAUACUACUGGGGCCAACCCUGCUGAAGGCAAGCCACAUCUGUGUUAGUCCAGGGAGUGUCUAGAGUCAUUUGCCAGUGCCAAAAUGAUAUGCUUAAAGGGACUGACAACCAAUUUUCAUGGUACCCACUUUUUUAGUGCAAUGGAAAGCUUACCGGCCAGAGCGUCUAAUCGUGAAGUAGUAAGGCGGAAGUUUUUUUUAGCAGAAUUUUUCGAUCUGCAGUGAGGAUGAAGCCGUUCACUGGAAGCAUGUUGAAAACUGGUAGGUGAGCGCGAUAGCGAUUAUAGGCUGGCACUAGUGGGAGGCAGACGACAAGUGCAGCCAUAGGUGUGAGAAAGUAUUAUUUUCUUUAUCAAGUCAACGUUCCUGCAAUUCAUGUUUUCCAAAGUGUUAAAGUAUUUCUGCGAUAAUAGAUACCUGUUUUUACAGUUUCCUGUCCAACUGCUUUGGUAUUUGACUUGUCAAAACGAAACCAAGUGUAUCGAAAACAAAACAACGCUUUUACACGUGAUACUCGGUUUGCGUUGCUAUAGCCAAGCGUGUGCUUCUGAUUUCCGAUGUCGUCUCUUGAAGACCUGAGUGAGCUGGAAUAGAGGAUUUUAGUACGCAUGCGUGCUCAGAAUUUAGAUCCUUACAAAGUAGCACCCAAACGUCAUGCUUCAAUGAAUGAAAGCAGCAACGGAAGCGACGAAUCCGACUUGCACGAUAGACCACCGUCUCUUCUACCAGCAGCACGCCUGGAGAAUGACAGUCAUUAAAUACUCACUCACACUAGGCCGAUACGACACCAAUUUCGGUCUGCCGACUAUUGGCGACAGCGUUGUUUUCCUUCGCCGACCGACGCCGACAAUCUGCCGAUGGUCGGCGGUGAGCUCGGCGUCGGUAGAGUGUGACAGAGGCGCCGACAUGAUAGUAAAAAAUGCACCCAUUUACGGCAUAACUCGUCGAUGGCCUCUUGUAUCACAGGGGGAUCAUAAAAUUGUGGGUACUUGCAAACUCGUGCUAUACUCGCGCCCAUAUUGCGCGUACAACAGCAUGUGCACCGCCAUGCAUGUGGGACGACGCGAGCACCGCUUGUUCGCGUGGACUUUCUUUACUUCGUAAUGCGCAUAGAAUAAAGUGCAAGUGUCUUUUAAUAUCCUAACUGCAAUUUUAAGCAAUAAUUAUACUGUAUGUAAUGACAGUCGACUUACGUACAGUAAUCUCUUCAUUUCGAAGUAUCAAGGUUUCACCACCAGGCCUCGCCACUUGCUGGUUUUUUGGACUUUCUUUGCCAAUUUAUAAUUAUCUUUCCUACUUAAAUCCCGAACUGCGUGCUGGAUUCUAUCACUAUAAAUCAUGGUAAUUUCAUUUCCAUCAACCUCUCACAACACACUCUGCCCAGUUGUCAGUCCCUUUAUGUGUUGUUGUGCUUAGAGGAAGGAAAGGCCUGUUGUGUGACUUACAGUCCAUAAAAAUAAUGAACAGUGCACAUAUUCGAAUUCUUUUUUCACAUAGUGAGCAGCUUUUGCUUGCAACAGCACUAUAAUGUUUUUACAAAGAAUAUUUUGAUGCUAGUGAAUAACUUCUUCCUCUGAAGAAAAAAAAGUGUGCUAAAAAUGACCUCACCAGAUUUGUGCAAAUUUGCAGAACCGUCACCUGAAUUCAAGCAAAACAGAAUUUGAAACAAAUAGGCCAUGGCACCCAGCAUGCUCUUUUGUUUUCGUGAGCAAUCAAGUGUUCGCAAAUUAACUCAUCUCAACUUGCUUUCAAUUGUAGAUCCUAAACAUACAGGGUCUCCAGCAUCAUGUGGAAAAUUUCAAGUAGAAUUAUUGAGCAGUUUGUUUACAGUAGCUGUUUUAACAUUUAUAUCACUGCUUAAAGGACCAUGUUAAAGAUUCCAGUACCAGUUUGAAAAUUUACUGCAGGGCUACCAAUGCCCCCACGGCUUUAAAAUUUCUUCACCCAUUUCCUCCCAACACACAACUUGUUCCUAAAAGAUGCAGCUAGUAGUUACAUAUGGCCAAUGUUCUAGAAUUGAGAUGUAUUGAGGAAAACCACAAUUGAGGAAAACCGCACUUUGGCAUGGGCCGUCAUCCUCUGGUGAAUCACACCUACCGUCAGAUUCACUUUCUUCUGAACAAGGCGGCUCAGAGAAAGUGCUGUCGUCACAAGGCUUGUCGUUGCUGUUACUGUUCAAGAAAAUAUCCAAUAUCUCAUGCUCAGAGAGCACACCGGCCGCAGCCAUUUCUUCUUCCAGUUGAGAUGAUCAAAAAACAGCCAAAAACAUGCAUAAGUGCAUUCAAGCAACACGGGUAACUAGUGCCACCUACUGGUAACAUUAGCCAUGCUCAGAUAAACUGGCAUGUGCUGCCAUCUAUGAAUAGCUUUUAAAAGAACAAAAUAUGGCUGCAUGGCGAUUCGCUGGCUUCGGCAGUAUUGCCACUGCAGCUGCGCUUGGCAAUUCACCAGCUUUGGUGACAAAUACUUAGGUUAACAUGCCAAACAUCCUCUUCAAAUUUCAUUGCAUUAGUCUCAAUGGUUCUCCGAAUGAAUUUUUGUCGUCAGUUGCUACAGGCACAUUCCACUGUGUCCAGUCAGCUUUGCUGCCAAAAGAAAAAUGUUCACACUGAUUGGGAGAAAACUUCGCAGGUAUGCAGAGGACAUUGUAUAUGAUCUCCAAAGGCCAAUAUGAACAUCUACAUUAAUUGUCACAUUCAUAAAAAAAUUAUGAGUCUCGUCCAUCAUGAAGUUUAAAACAAUUGCUUGAGAGUGAUGUGUUUGAGAGUUUGAGGGUGAUGCUUUGAAGGAAUUAAGUGUGUGUUUUGCUGAACUUGAUGGAGGAUUCACUAAGAUGUGGUAUUAUGGGGGAAUUGCAAGUAAUUAUCAAAGUUGCACUAAUUGAGCUCGCCACAAAUAUAAGAGACUACAUAAAAUGGUAACCUUAUGCAAACUAAAAGGUAGAUCUGUAUAGAAGUUCGAAAUAAUAGAAGAAAAUGUAUAGGGGAAAUUCCCAAUGUGUAGGUCAGUUAAGAGAGGCAAAUGAAAUUUGCAAAGUUCUGCAAGGCCUGCUAGAGAUGUCUUGGGAAGGGGGAAAUUAAUUCAAGAACUUAUCUCCAUAAACGGUAAUUAUGAUUGUGAACUGAAACUUUGCACUGGUAUCGCUGGAUUCCCCUGUAUACAAUUGAUGUGGGCAAUAAUAAUUGCUUUGCAGGAUUGUAAAUAUUUUUUGGUGCUGCUGCCAUAGAAUGCGAGAUGCAGUUGCAUGCAUUUGUGGUGGUGGAGGAGAGAUCAGUGGAACAAAAUAAUGUGUCAUGAGAACAAAAUGAUGUCCGAGCAUGCAGUGCUUCUUGGUGACAUGAUCUUUGAAGGAAGGUGUGACGUACCACAGUUCACUUACGUUAAUUUGACCUUGAACACUCCUACAGAAUGGAUUGAAUUAUUCGGCGGGUAGAAUUUAAAGCAAAGGCAGGAAAAAAUAAUGGCGGAACAGGCCCAGAUAUGUUUGGCUAAGUGGUUAUACACUGUGGGUUGCCGUUUUUGCCCAAAAUGUUGCGCAAGACACCAGUGUACUUAUGUGUAUCCUCGACAUAAGCCUCAUGCCUAACAAAUAGUUCUGAAGCGUCCACUCUGGUCUCGAUAUCUGCUGCGCUUGGACACAGAGUGGUGCCAUCAGUGAUUCAUCUCUUUUCUCAUUGCCGCUGCCUAUCAUGCCACCAGUCACAGAGUACAAAAUCGCAUUGGUUACCAAAGGAACGCCACUCCAUAGUCGGUAUAUACAAAGUCCUAGAAGAAAACCUUUCCGAGGGCUGGGUGAAAAUUGUUGUCUUUGGUGAAAGAUUGGGUUUUCAGUGUCCUUUUGAUGCAUUUUCUGAAACUACUUGCAAUAGUUUCUGGCUUAACGAACUCCCAUGCUCAAGCAAUGGUUUGCAUAGCAGUGAUUAACUUCAUAUUCUUUGUUGUUUUAGAUGCACAUGAUCAUUUGCUGAAGAAUAGUCAUCUUGUGCAAGACAUUCAAGUUCCUUUUUACUCUCUGGUCUAGUGGUUACAUGAUUGCCGUUAGGUCAGGUGGAAGGAACCUGAGGUGUAUUGCUGUCAGCUCUUCCACGUCAAUGUGCACACAGCAGGUUAUUGACAACAAAAACUGCACGAAUCAUUAUAUAUGGAUUUAUGACCCAGUUUAAUAAUACAUUUGUAGAAAAGUUCAGCUGUCAUUCAAGCUUUCAAGUCCACAAAAUAGUGAAUUGGGAGUGUUUUUGCUCCUUUGGAGCACUGUGGCCUGGAAGCCUUCCGUAGAACGAGCAAGUGGCAUUUCUUUGUGUUCGUCAUCCUGGCAGCAAGCAGCACAGUUAGUUGGUCCUUGCUUCCUUUUUCACCAACACACUUGUCAUUCUUGAAGGGGCCCUGAACCACCCCUCGGGCUUGGCGAAAUAACAUAGUCCGCGGGUAGCAUAGGCUGCUGUGCACAUCUCAGCCAAGUUUUGCUGUUGUAUGUGGUGCAUGGAGCUCGCAAGCGGAGUGCAAAGUCACCUUUCUCUCAAACGCUUUCUUUUUUUCAGCAGAAGCCUGUUCCUCAUUCUUUUCUGGACACUUUAUCUUGUACUCAAAUGGAUUUCCAUAUGCGGCUGCUAUUGGUAGCUGCAGUCUGCUAUGUAGUGCAGAUACCAUGGCCAGCACAAGGUGCUGCCACAAGUCCACUGGCUAAGCGCACUGCGGCUCGCUGAGGACAACCGCAUUUGGCUUAAAUUUAGCGCGUUGUAGGCACCAAAAGGAAGUCGUGGCAUCUACGCAUUAACAUCCAAAAUGAAAUUUGAACUGCGCACCACGGUGACAUUUAGAAGGUGGAGCGUUAUAGGCACGCUCCACUCUGCCAUAGCCUUUGCAGUGAAAGGCAUUGAAGAAGGAACGGGAGCACAGCGGAGGCCAUGUUUGAUUGCCAAUAACUCCGCUUCUGCUGAAUGCAUCGAAGUACUUUUUGCAGCAACAUAUUUCUGAAAUAGCCUAUUUUCACUUCAAAUGCCUUUCUACAUUUCCGAUAAAAAGAGGUUCAGGGUCCCUUUAUAUGCUAUUGUUUUCUUUGGUAGCAUCCUGUAAUAAAGGGCACUUUCAUCAGCAUUGAAUAUGUCCUUUAGCCCUUUCAGAAUCAGUGUUCGUGCGUUUUGCUGCAUACUGUCUUCAAUGUCAGUUUAUGCCAGCUUUUAAACAGAGGUAGCCAGUUAUUUUAAUCAGUAAAGUCUUGAGUAUUAAGCAUGGCUGCAAAUUCGUGAGCAUUUUCACUGGUUAGAGGACCGCUUGGAGACUAAUUUCGUCUCCACAUUUUGUUGGUCCAGAACUGCUUCAUCGUUGAGGUGUGCUGAAGUUCACAUUCACUUUCUGUCCCUAUUAAAGUUAUGCUUUUGGUGAGCAUCAAGAAUCUUCUCUUUGUUGGCAAUGAACGUUACAAGGGUACUCUUCCUUAUGCCAUUCUUUUCGGCAGUCUGCUUUCUUGUAAGCAUGCCUUGGCAAUAUCACCACUUUGGUACUAAUACAAAGCACUGUGUACCUUCAAGGUGCUGCCAUUCUGCACAACGCUGUUUCACUGGCUGAUUGCUUCGUGUGGCUUAAGAUGUCCCGUCUUGUCACACUUAACAAACUGUAUCAUGUGGAAUGCUUCAAUAACAUAACGACCAUGUGAAACCAAUAGUGAAUUGCAGAUAAAAUAGUCAAACCCACCUCCCACAUUAGAGGGGCCUUAUUUUGCAUUGAAUUGUGGCACCGACUUGCAGCCUCAGAGAGACGCAAAAUGGCAAACAUCAAACUGCUGCACUGGCAGACGCACUUCAUGAAGCGAGUUGAAAUGUUAUUUCAUUUUAUCAGCCACUUUAGUGGUCUUCAUUUUGCAUCAAAGGAUGCUUUCUAGGCAGGACACAUGCCAACAAGCAUGAGUUAUCACAGUAGGGUGGGCUUUUGUAUUGGCAAGGCUGUGUGAUCGACAGCUGAAUGAAGACAUCACACCGACAAUGCAUUUGCUGCAAUGCUUUCAUUUGCAUAUUUGGUCACACUUUAUAUAAAGCGAAACAUGAUUUAAAAGUUGAAAUGUUUGGACUUCUACUUUGGACUUCUACAUCUGAGAGUAGCUUUUCUUACGAGACUUUUCGGCUGCCAGGGUGGCACAAGGUGCAAUUGCUUACUAAUCAAGUUUGAAUUAUCUGCUGUAGUUCAAUCUCAGGAUUGAAAUAACGAAAGUUUUGGCUCAUAGAAAUGCUUGGGUGCUGGCCAGCAUCUUCUGUCAAGUUUGAAUUAACCGAAGAAUUUAAUUAGUUGGAGUGGAAUUAACAGAUGUAUGCUGCAGUACCAUGGCUUUAAGAGAGACUGUGUUGACUGCUGCUGCCUGUGUUAAGGGGCAAACAGUGACAUGGAGGAUAGGCACAGUGCUUGUCUGACAAAACUAGCACAAUAUUUGUGGCAGUUGCACAAAACUUCAAUAUUUUAUUAGCUUUGCUGGUUUUUAGUCAAUUAUUCUGCAGUCACAUCGGUCUGCUAGGAAUUUAUCGUUUGUUCUUACCGUGGGUUGAGCAAGGAUCUGGAAUCGUGAAUUCUCGAUCAUCCAUGAUGCAUUUAGGAUAAGUUGGUUAUAUUUUAAUGACUCCAGCUUCUACUUUGAUUGUUUAACCACCAGGAAUAUGUGGCAAGGUUGUCAUGCACAUAUUGCCUUGCAUUUACAUUUCUUGGGUGCAGGUACUGGGCAUGACAGCAUUAAAAAGCACUGUGUAACAGAACCAGCCACAAUGAAAUGAUCAUUAUCCUAAAAGGUGUUCUUGAGGUGUUCACUACCAAAGAAAUCUAGGCAUGAGUCUCAUUUUAACUACAGUCGAGCCCACUUAUAGCAAUCUCAGUAAUAAAGAAUGCUCGGAUAUUAUGAACAAACACACUGCAACUGUAACAACUUGCUAUAGGGUAGCGGUGCCGGGUCCUAGACAGUGAAUUCGAUACAUGGACCCAGAACUCUGUUGUAACGAACUCACAAGUAUAUGUCAUGCACCAAGGAAAGCAUCGCUUUGCUUUUUACUGCGCACAGCACACUGAGGUACAAUCUUCUAAGCAGUAUACUCACGAAGCUGAUAGUGAAGCUAACAUGAAGCACACAACCAUGAGAGAUCGCUGUUUUAAGCUUCACUUCAUUUUUAUCAUCUUCAAAUGCUUGUUGGCUUCCUCGGUAAGUUUUAAUCUACACACUGUCCUUUGAAUUUUUGUAACAUUUAGCUUGUACGAAGAACACACUAUAAUGCUCAAGGAAAAUGAAGUGGAGUGAAUGAACCUGAAAGCUUGAUUUUGCACCCUUUCAAUUUUUUUCAUUAGAUGUUCGUAAGGGCUUUAGAUAAAGUCAGAGUGCUCUAGUUCCAUCCAGUCUUGUGAGAGUUUUGUACACAGUAAGUUUUGCUGUCAGUGAUGCAUGAAUGUAGCUUACGUUUUAGAAAUUCUAGCUUUUUUAACUUGCUGUUAUGUUUGUUGUCAAUGUGCAGCUUCCAGAGAUUGUUCACUAGUGUACUUCUUACUUAUUGAUUUUCACGUGUUUUUUAUAAUUAUUCAUUUUAUUCCUCAGUGUAACUUCUGUCUGCUGUGCGCUUAUCUUACUUAUGAUGAAAACGGGGAGCUGCCACCACCAACUCCGAACACAAGCCCAAAUGCUUAUAUAUUGCUGAGGUGCUGAGUUUUCACCUGAAGCUUCAGUGAUAAAUGAUUGCAUGUCAUCCAUAAACAGCCUAAAAACUGUGCUUAUUGAUUAACAUUGAAAAAAGAAACUUCAGUUACUGACUUUUUUUUUGACAAACAUUAGUUUCAUUGUUUGCCUUCUUUUUAGGCAGUCCACUUAUUAUGAACUUUUGGAAGUAGUGAACACAUCCUUAAUAACAAUGAUAUUGAUUGCAAAUGGGCUCGACUGUAAACAGAACAAGUGAGACAGUGUAAAAAUGUUCUGGCUCAAAAGUAUGAGUGCAGGUAUUAAAACUGGCAGUUCAUCACGUUCCCAGGUGAUAAUCUAUUACCUCUCACGGUGCCAUUAAAAAUUUUAACAAACCUGUUACACUGUGCCACUGGCCAGCUGUAUGUUAUUUGGGUCAGGCUGAUCAGAUGUCAAUGUAUGACUCGUCGGCAGCAAAGAGGAACAAAUACAGGGUUGUGCAACCCGCAAGUUACUUGCCGUAGGACAAGAUUUAUUGCCGACCCGGUUUAUCUAGGAAACUGUUCAGAGGUAGCAGCACAUUGUGUAUGUGUUUUUUUUAAGUAUGUAAUCCUGCCGGUAACUUUGUGUGGCUGUUUCUAAGACGUCCUGGCAUGCAGUGGAACAAAGCUGUCAGCAGCCGUAGCUCAGCAGCUAGGGGUGCUGAGCUACUAAGAAAUUGUGCUAUAAUUGGUUGGUGACUGUAUUUGUAUUCCUUUGGAAAAACUUUUGCCCUAAACUGGGAGCAAAUGAAAGCUUUUUUAAUUCUUGGUGUCACUACGACGAUCGUAAGCAAGCAAAAAAAGAUGUUUCAUUUGACUAUGAAAUUGUACGUGGUGGCAGAUGUGUCAAUCUCAAGAGGUUUAACUUCCCUAUCCUGAUAUUCGAGAUGUUACACAGCCAUGUUCAUGAGUUGGUGUGAAAAUAGCAGGUUCUCUUUAUCCAGCACAAGUACUGUAGUACCUCAUUGAUAUGAUCCGGUUAAGUACAAUUUCCCGGUGCCAACAGUUGCGAUCAAGAACACUAAAAAGUGACCCAAUACAUUUACGCUGCUUUUUCACUAGUUCAUAUGUUUCCAAAUAACACUGAUCUUUCGGCACCAAUGUUCAGUACAUCGCCCAACUGCGAUCGUACAAUACAUUUUCUGGCCGCUAGAUCCCCUGUAAACAAGAAAAGGCGCACACAAUAUAUAAUAGUAGCCGCCUACUACAGCAGCUUCCCCGCAAUACUCGCCUGCCCGUCUCGUGUGAAAACACCUGCGUGCACUCCUCGCAAGUUGUCGCAGGCUGCAUUGUGAUAAGCAUCUUCACCUAUCUGUUUCAUACUGCGGGGGGCACAGUGCUGUUGGAAGCAUACUGUAUGCAUUUAAUAGCUGAAUGCAAUAAGAAAAUGACUACAUGCAUCUUGGGUCACUUAGGCCCCACCAGCUUGGUGCACGUGAGCAUCUUGCGCCGAGUGGGCGUGUCAAAACUUCCAACCAGAACAUCUCACUCGAAGAAGCCGUUGACCCAGGCCAUAAUUGAGGAGGGCAAACGUAAACUUGCUCAAGCUGUAAAAACAACAACCUUGCCAUCAGCUCGGUCCGCCUCGGCGCAUCAUGCUGCGCAACGCUUCACAUUAUGUAGACGUCAACUACAGUUGAGCUUGUGAAAUUUUUUAGUCGCUUCGGAUUUAUGUUUUCCUGGCUGAUAAGGUGGUUCUACUGUUAUUUUUUUUUCUAGAACGUAUGAAUGAAGUUCUACUGUAUUAACUGUUGCAUUCUGCUUUGAUACCUGUAGAGUAGAACUGCUCUAAUACGUUUUUCGCAGGAUUGUGGGGAGAAAAAGACAUAAUAGGCCUGGUAAUGUAUUAUGGGAACAUGCUGUUAAAACCAUGCAAACAUACUGUAGAACCUCGAUAAAUAGAACCUCAAGGGACCAAAGGAAUUGGUUCCAUUUAACAGGAGUUCCAAUUACUGAGAAAGAUGAGCAAGGAUGCAGCACUGUGUGCAUGCACCUUUUUAAUACCGUUUUAAGGAAUUGUAAGCACCAGUGUGUGAAUGUAACAAUAGGUUUUCAGAAAGCAGAGAAAAUUACAUAGGGUGUUGGCACAGCAUUCACAAAAUUUAUCAUGCAGCUACUAGUCACUGUGCAUUAAAAAAUGCAUCAAUUCUUGCUUGCUUCAAUCGUUGAUUGUGCUCCCAAAAGAACACAAGCUUUGCACAAACAUUUCAGAUCCUGCUUCUUUCUGAAAAAUAUUCUUGGGUCUGCACAGCUAAUUCUGCACAUUAAAGUAUGGUAGCUUCUUCUGUGGUAGGUACCUCUUCAGUGGUCUCCUCUUGUUCAUCUGCUUCAUCGCAGAUAUCUGCAACAGUGCUUUCUACUUGUUAUCUGGUUAAGAAGUUGUAACCUCACUGUCAAUGUACACAUACUUCUCAAUAUCCAGUGGGAUUUCCCUUAUAGUCUAAUAAGUCCUUCUUCUAAGUGGCAUCAUCUUUACUGUCACAUUCAAGCAAAUCCUGCACGUUGGAAGUCUAGACCUUCAAAGAAAAUCCCGCAUGCGUUAAGCAAUUUCCUAUGGUACUUGCCGUCAGUGGCCUCCAGGCGUUGUCAAUGAGGUAAAUGGCACGAACAAUGUCCAGCUUGUAUUCUUUGUCCUGGUUGAUGCAUACCAGCAUCCUCUGCAGGAGACUGUUGCAUCGAGAUUGACUGUUUUCAGCAUUUUGGUUCUAUUUUCAGCUCCGUUUACAGGGUAAUAAGGAAGUUUUGGUUCCCAUUACCAAAAGUUUUUUGUAUUGUUUAAAUACAAAACCAACCUAUUGAGAGGUGGUUGUUUCAUUUAAGCAAUUUCCGUUUACUGAGAUUUUACUGUACUGCUAAAUAUUAACAGACACAUGCAUUGGCUCACAUUGCAAAGUAUUUAUUCAGCAGUCAAGUUCUGAGAGAAUUUCUGAUUAAAGCUCGGUGCUUCUUCCAUGUUUCUGCCAUGUGGUAGCCUGCAUUGCCAAUAUGGUCAACAUAACUUUUCCAGCAUGUCCAACACUGUGACAGCGUUUAACAAAACGACCUACCAUGUGGGAAUGAUAACGUAUCAAAUGGAAUUCUAAUAGUGUACGGCUGUCUAUAUGCUUUUUACCCGGGACUGGACUUCCAACAACAUUAUGCAUCAGUGGGGUUGUACUUUAGCUACAUUUAGUGGUGUAUUGACCUAAGUUGGAACAUAGCAUCCUAGGGCUAGCCAGAUGUGGUUGCCUUGCAAGCCAGGGUUGAUAAAUUAACAACCUUUUACUGUAUUUCAAUACGAAUGCUAAUACUUGAAUUCUGUUCAGUCUGCUACAUCAAACUUGUAUUAUAAUUAGCGGUAUCUGUGUGGCCACUUGACUCUUAAGCUUUAAAAACUUCACACACCUGCUUAUUUUGUCAAGGAAGGCAGUUGGGGAACUCAUGCCUUUCUUUCAAACUGUAGGUUAUUUUUGCGAGCCACAGCUUUAUUUCGUAAUGAAAACUUGAUAAUGUGAGCUGUCGAGAGUUGUUAUUUUGUGCUUAUGGCUGUAUGUGGUCAUUUUUGUCUAAGUUGUUCUUCAUUUUUAGUUGGACAUUAAUUGACCUUGUGCACAAAACCAAUUUUUGGCUUGUUGGACAUCUUAUGGUUAAUGUACUGGAACGGGACCAUGUUGACUUUACACUUUGUAACCUUGACCACACCAUUUCAACUAACAGAAUGGUGCUUUAUGCUCGAGAUCCUCUUAUACCUGUUUAGUUGUCUGGUUUCAGAAUGGUUGAUUAGUAGGCCUUGGAGGCUGCCCUACAGCUGAACAUUUCCCAUUGACCCCUGGUUCACCAGAUGCUUUACCAAAUGUUUUACUCUUUUAAGAAAAACCAUGGGUGGUUGCUCCUUCUGCUAAUGUUAUUUGAUAGAUGUGUUUGUCUCUGCCUUUUGCAGGCAUCCAAAGCAGCUCCGUUCAGGACUGCUUAUAUAUUUGACCCUGUGUGCAGUGCAGACAAAGACACUUUGCAUUUACUGAUGCACAGGGCUUGAGUAAUUUAGUCUUUUCAUCGGGCAUUGUUAAAAUGACUUCCAUGGUAAUGAGUGACAGUUUGACAGCAUGCCUUGCUACAUUAGGUCCUUGGAGAAGACCUUGUAGUCAUUCUCACAUGACUAACACAUGGCAUUUAUAUAUCUCCAAAUGAGCUCUACUCACUGCUCUUCUCGGGGAUUUGGUUUGUGUGAGAGAGUGAGUUUAAUGUUGGAAAGAAUUGGAAGACCACAUCGGGGCAUUGGUUUUCAUUGCAAGCAGUUUCAUGUUCUUGUUUGCUUCAUGUGAACCUGGCAUUAGCCUUUCUUAAGCAUAUCACAACCUUAACGAAACUACAGUCUACCAUUAUCAAGAUUUCUUAAAUGCACAUUCUUGGACUAUAGCACAGAAUAUGUUUGUACUUCAUUUAUCAGGGGAUCUGGACUUGAGCUGCAGGUUGGUUCAUUCAACCAGCAUUGGAGAAGAGGCUUUUCAGAGGUAAAUUGCAAAACUGUUCCCACCUCCUUCCAAUCUUAAACAGUGUUGAUGUGGAGCGGUAAAUUUCUCAUUUGUUCUUAUACAUUGUCAAGAACAGAAGGGCAAGAACAGGUAUACUACUGCGAGACUCUUUUUCAUUUGACAGCUUUUAGUUGAAUAGCCUACACAAUAAAAACUGGCAGUUUCGCCCGAAAGUGAAGCAUUGAAAGCAAUAGCAGGGUUAGCAUUGCACUGAAGGCAUCUCGGAAUGCUGGCGGAAUGAGAAAUGCCACCAGAGGCGUUGCAAGCAUCGCACCCCGAUGGUGCAUGAGACGAGAUCAAAGCAAGACCAUUGACAUUUGUGGCAGCCGCAUUCUGAUAGGGGAGGAAAGCAAGAUAAAGCUUGUAUUCCAAUCUUUUAGUAUGUGUGAAAAAACAUGUGGUCAAAGUUAAUCUGAGACACAUAGCCCAACACUUUUGACCCCUAUGUAACCUGUGUAUGCUUUUAUAAUCUUGCAACAGGCGUGGGUCUGUGAUCUUGGUGCUAACUAGUGUGUAUUGCUUGAAAACAUUGCACCCUGUGUGGGACAUGGUAUCCUGCAUUGAUGAAGUGUUACAACUAUGGAAGCUUUUCUUAUGUUGUUUAUGUGAUGUUUUAAUGUUAACAUGAUGCACGUGUGUUGCCAUGAUAUGUUCAUGAUGUGUGCAUAAACUGCAUAUUAUCAUGUGAAGUGAAAUCUGGGUUUCAGCUAGUCCCAAACUCCAAUUUGCUCCACAGAAACCACUGGUGCUUUCUUCAGUAGUUUUUGUUGUAGAAGUGUGCAUCAGGGCAUUCGUUUUACUGUUUCCACAGGGCUCUGUUAAAGUACUAGUAUUCAAAUGUAUUUUUGAUGUGGGCAUUGCCUCAUGGUCCUGUAAGUUUGUAUUCCUUCUUAGUUUCACUGAUAAAUGAUGCUGCAUGUGGGUGUUGAAUGGGGCAAACUUUGAUUGUGAAACGGCUUUACUGCCACACUGCAGUGUGUCCUUCUAUAUACUUUGCGCUGAGUGUAUGCAAUGUUUAAAGGGGCCCUGAAAAGCCUUUUUUUUUUUUUUUUUAAACUGAGUAAAAUACUGGAUUGAGUGCAAUGCCUUUGAAGGAAUACGUUUCAGAAGAAAUUUUUAAAAAUUACUUAAGAUGAGUGGGGAUAUGAGUGCAGUGUUUAAUUUCACCCCAAAUCCAUCAGUCCUUAGCUGGGGCAGCACUGAUAGCAAUGCCCUGCCUUUCACUACUUUUUCUUUUCGUGGUCGCCCUUCAAGGCUGACUUCUGACAAAGAUGCCUGAGGGUGACAAAGGAGUGUCAACAAAUUGAGUGAGAUGCAUUAGCAACUGCCACUUCCCUGUUUCCUAGAAAAUCUCGGAAGAUUAUAGGUGUGUGUGCCCAAUGGCUGGCAUCUGUGGGCUGUUGCGCUUCACGUUAUGUCAUCACUGAUGUUGCCUAAGGCAAAAAACAAAACAAAAAACAAUCAAAUGGAAAGCCAUGGAAGAAGAGAGCAAGCAAUCGAUUAUGCGAGAUACUAGGUUCAUUGCUGUAUUCAUUGGAACAACAUCUGGCUCUCAUGUUCAUAGAGGCAUUGGCUACAAAUAGAGAACAUUUUCUUACCUUGUUCAGAAAGUGUUUCAGCGUCCCUUUAUGUGGAGAGUCUAAAAUUUCAAGAGGCGUUUAAUGUACAUUAGCAAUCAGUGCUCUGUUGCGACAAAUGCAGUUGCUGUGUAUAAUUCAAAUGCUCGAAAACAGGCAUGGAGCCCCAGUAAACUUUGCCUUCUCAAUACGAAACACUGUAAUUGAAGAGUGUCAGUUUGUUUCUCUGCUGUCUGCUGGAAUCGUUUCAAAGUAGUUACUUGUGGCAUGUCUGAUGGGAUGCCUUUUUUUUUUUUUUUUUUUGCCUAGUGUAUGCUAACGGAAGGCUUUUUGAGAAUGUUUUUCACUGGAGCAGUCAUAGACUUGAAAGCAGCCAGCCGUACCAACAGCUUGGUAGCUAAAUGAAGGAACUCAACUGCUGCUUUAAAAGAUCAGAAUGGGCCCUGCCUUGGAGGACUGUAGUAUAAUUCAGAGUUGUGUAUGGUGUAGUGCACUCGGUUAUUUUUUUUUUCUCAUUUACAUGUCUAUAGCAGAACAUGUUCCAAGUGCAGCCGAACAGCAUGACCAGCCAAAUCGCAUAUACCUCUCGACUAACCAGUAUUAUUGUGAUGUUUUGAUGAGGCCGUGAAAACUACUGGGCAUGCAGAGAGACAGUCUUGCUGCAUAAUUUGGGAGGCAGCAUGGUGUCGUAAGAGAGCCAGGAGAAAGUACAACUGAAGCAAAACUAAUGCACGACUGCCUGCUGCUGGUUUUAGGGCUCAUUCAUAAGCAGAGUGCCAUCUCAAGUUGUGUGUAUUGAAGGGACGGUAUUUUUGUACUACACCAUGCUGUUUUGUAAUGCAUUUCUUUCUUUUUGUACUAUAUGGCAUAUAAGAGCUGGUUGAUACAACCAGCUGCUCUCACAGGGUUAGUGGAUGGGCCGAUUCAGGUUAUCCACUGUUGCACCUUUUAUAUAGUGCUCUGAAAAAGCCCAAAGCAUAGACUUGUGGCUUGAGCAAGUUUCGCUGGAUCGAAACAGCUGGAGCCUUUUUAACUUUCCUCAAGCCCUCUGAAAUCCCAUGAUUCCAGUGUCCCAGGUUUCUUCUUCUUGCUUUUCUUUUGGCCACCUUAUCGUGGAGUUGUGCCACCUAGAUAGCAUGCCUAUGGAAAAGAACCUACCUGAGAGUUUUAUAAUCUCAAGUAGAAACACAGACAUCUUAAGGGGGCGCUUGUUUUGUAUGCUGAGCUACAUUCUUUCUCUAGUCCAUUGGUUUGGUGUUUUGUGUGUGAAUGCAUGUGUGUGCGUGUUUCCUCUGUUAUUGCACAGUGCCUUUGGCUGGUUGCCAACAUACACAGGCACAUGGUCAUCAGUCAUUGUAGAAUCAGUCUUAGCUGAGCUAAGCCACUCUGAUUGAGUAAAGUCAUCUGACAUGUUCUAUGUGCCUGUUUUUAAAUAAGCUGUUGUUGAGCAUCCUGCAUAUUGUUUGUUGUCUUCUAUGGUUUUCUUUUUCUUCUUUUGUGUCAAUGCACUUGUUUUGAAGACUGUCUGCUUCCGUUUUGUGCAAGUCAAGUAUGCUGCGCAAAUAAACUACAGAAGUUCGCAUUGCUCUGUAACGCUACUGGCUUUUAAGGUAAAUUGACAGCUCCUUGAAAGAGCACUUGUUUAAGGGUUUGUUUGCACGAACUUAUGUUUUACAGUGCACAAUAAAUGAAUAUAUCACGUGA